CUCUGUUUGUUCAAGGAAUUUUGGCCAAGUAAAGAAACUGUGUUGGAAAAUGUCAUUUAAAGACUUAAAUAAUACACCUUCGCGUGUGUUUCUUCAAUUUUGUAUAUUUUUAUCUAUUCAAGAAAAGGUGUAUGGUGGUGGGGAUGGGGCACCACCGUUAGACGGCGAUUACCGAAUGGACGAAUCAACUAAUUUCACUUAUAAUCCCAAAUCUCCACUUGUUUAUUGCUCAUAUUUGCCAUUUGAGUUUUUGAAUUGUAGUGAUCCUCUAGAUUUAAAUGGAAACCAGACAGAAAGGCAAAGACUUGGGUAUGGUUGUACGAAGUGGGGUGGUGAAAAGUAUGAAGAUGUAGAGAUAACUAAGGUUGUUUGUGAAGUAUUUGCUGGUAUAGAAUGUUAUGGAAAUCGAACGUUUUUAAAAGAUGGAUUUCCUUGUAUAAAAUAUAAUGGACACUAUUUUGUAACAACAUUGAUUUAUUCCGUUUUACUGGGUUUUCUGGGAAUGGACCGAUUUUGUUUAGGACAUACUGGUACAGCAGUUGGUAAAUUAUUGACACUAGGUGGCCUCGGUAUCUGGUGGUUUAUUGAUAUAAUACUACUUGUAACCGGACGAUUAAAUCCAGCAGAUGAAAGUAAUUGGGUUCCGUAUUAUUGAAAGACUUACAGUGAUGAACAAACAACCAAGAGAAAGGGCUUGUUUCACAGAAACAUGGAGACAAUGUAGUUUAUAUAGUCCCUUAUUAUCAAAACACUGGACAAUAUGGUUGACAGAUACUGCCACAGUAUUGUUGAAGCUAUCGAUUGUGUGACCAUGGAUGUUGUGAUAAAAGACAGGUGACUCUACAGGUACUGCCAGAGUAUUUUUGAAGCUAUGGAUUGCGUUACCAUGCUUGUUGUGAUAAAAGAAAGGUGACUCUACAGUAAUUGCUUCUGUACAGAUGUAAUUUGCAGAGCUCCUUAUUAUUGAAACAUUAUUGAAUGCCAUCAUUGACAGAUACUGCCAGAGUAAUUUGAAACAAUGGCCUUUGUUACCAUACUUGUCGUGAUAUAAGAAAGAUAACUCUUACAGCCAUUUCUUCUGAUUGGAAGAUAUAAAUAAAUAAUCUGACAUCACUAGGCCUGGAAAUACAUGUAAGGAUUUUAUUUCUACAUGACCAAUUGAUGGGCCCUAUUGAUUUAGUACCUGAUGUUUUUCACUUUGUGUGAUACUUGUAUUAAAACUAUCAACAAAAUGCAUUAAAUAGAUAAAUCUGAGCGGACAAAUUGACUGGCAUCAGGGAAAUUGUAUCUGAUAAAGCCUGACAUUGUUCCUGGCAUUGAUCCUAACAGGUGCCGUAUUUCCAGGCUUGGACAUCAUGGAUGUGUUCAACUUUAGAUUUGACGGAUAUGACUAAUCAGUAAAAUCACAGAAUGAUGUGGCAAAUUGUUCACUGAGUUGAAGUUGAACUUGGGAAAAGUGGAUGAUAAAAGAUUCUGAAUCUUUGACCAGCAGUCAUCUAAUUUCAGAUUCUUGUUGAUAUUGCAGAGCAGUAACCGACAAUAAUAAUGAUAAUAAAAUUGUCUGUAAUAA